AUGGAUUUUAUUCUCUCGCUCACGCACUUCUGCGAGGUGCAUGGGCCCACCUCCAUCAUCUGCUCGCAGGUCCUCCCCUUCGCUUGCUCCCAGUGCCACCACGACGCGGAUCUCUCUCCCGACACCUCCCCGGCCCCCUCCCACGCCUCCCUUCGCCGCCACGAUGAGACCUCCCGUUCCCCGAAGAUCGAAGACUACUCGUGUUUCCUGAAAGGCCAGUCGGCCUCGCCCGAAGACAGGGCUAAUCGAGCCGGCCGCACCGAUGGCGAUGCAUGCGCCAGUUGCAGCCUAUCUCUUCCCGAGGGCGUGAGCAAGCAGUUGCCGCCGGGCGCUCCCGGCACCAAGAACAACACCGGCAGCCCCGUGCUGCGGUCGCGCGAAGUCGUCUACUCCUGCGGCAACAGCCACUCGGACAUGGGCGACGACGUGCCUGAUGCUCACACCCACUCCUCGCCCCCGGAUUCGCUUCGUUCUUCCUCGGUUGCAUCUGAUUCCUCCUGCCAUACGCACCUCCUCACCUACCUUUCUCUCCGCGGUCCUCCGAAUCCCGCAGACUAUGCGCUCCUGCGACGCUCCUCGAUUCGCACUCUGAGCUGUGAGCUCCUACCCCGGGGUCUGUCCUCGGGCCCUCUGUGCUUUGGGGACUCCGUUGCCGGUUACACAAUCGCCUACAUUUUCCGCCUGCCAGACCCGAUGGCGCGCGGCAAGCGACGCAGCUAUGCCUUGGUUGCGCUCGCUGGCAAGGAUGCCGGAAGAGCAUUCCGGGCUUGCCCCGUGAUCUGGCGCGUCUUUGGCCGUAUUGCGUCCGGUAUUGUCGGGGCCGCGGAGCGCUUCCAGGAAGAAGAGAAGCGUCGCGAAGAGCAAAACAGCCCCGGCAACAACCCGGUUGCACGGCAGUACACCCCGGUUUCCUCCUUUCUGACGGGUCGGGCCAUGGACAUGGCUGGCCAACCGCGGCGACUCGGCCAGAUCCGUGCACGCAACUUGGCCGAGAUCGUCGGCAACGAAUACAUCUUCGCGGAGAUCCACGCGCAUUUCGUCGCCCUCUUGCAACAGCUGGGCACAAUGUUCGGUGGCGUCCCCAUUUCCGAGGAACGCUUUGUCUGCAGCACCGUGGCCGAUGAAGAGAAUACUACCACCAACACCCAAGAGCCAUCGGUGGUUCUGGACCCGGCCCAGUCGAAGCAAUCGACCUCGGGAUACAACCACGAGGACCUCGACCUUUCGAAACUCGACAUCACCUCCGGCCCUCAGCCGAUUCCCAUUGCGCCGCGUCGUCCUGUCGUGGCCUAA